AUGCACUCUAUAAUUCAGAAUAUUGAGAAGACAGCUCUGCUCUCUGAGCAUGUCAAUCUGCUUGCUGCUGAGAUGAAACCUGAGACAGCAGACCAGGAAAUGCAGGAUUUUGAAGCACAGGUUGACCUGGCUGAGAGAAAGCAGCAGAAACCCUUCUCUGAGAAGACAGUGAAGAGAGAUUUUGAGAUGAUUAUUAUCUCAGAUAAGAAGGAGAAGAAGAAGAAGAAGAAGAAGAAGAAGAAGAAUGAGAAGUAA